AUGGCAAUGGGAGAGCAGGCGGGAGGGACGGAGGAAGGAGGGGAGGAGGACGGGAGGGUUGUGUGCCUGAGUGGCUUCUCGAAGAGGAAGAAGGAAGAGCUCUCCGAGAGAUCGAAGGCUCUUGGCGCCAGGGUCAUCGGAGAUUUCACCAGCGGUGUCUCGAUACUCGUCGCUGAUUCCCUAAGGUCACGCAAGGCACGAGCUGCUCUAGGUCGGCGAGUACGGGGAGAGCAGAUGGUGCUUGUGGUGGGAGAGAGAUGGUUGGAUCAGUCCUGGAAGAGCAAGCGCUUUCUUGAUCCUUGGGAUUUCCGCCUCACAAUCCUUGAUGGAGUUUCUGUUUACGUUGUUCGACCUCAAUUUCUUGUCAUUGCGAAGCUUCUAGGUGCCCGACCUGUGGAUCAGAUCGACAAGACAUGCAACCUCGUCGUUGCUCCUGAGAGACAAGAGCGUCUGGUGGCUAAGACGAGGGAACUCGGGAUACCCCUUGUGAAUGAGGACUGCCCGCAGGUUGUUGCGCUCUCGGAGGCAAGGAAGGGAUACGUGACUUGCAAGAAGAGAAGAGGCUUCGCCUCGGGAUCUGCAGUCAUCUCAGAGCUCUGGCUUCGCAAGAGCGUCUCCCACAACAAGAUGUUUCCUUUGACGGAGUUAAACUCGUUGGAGCGCGAUGCGCCAGUACCCGAAGAGCUUCAGAAAGUGUACGUUGCUUGGCUCGUGCAGAAGCUUCUGAGAGCAAGCUUGGACUUGCAGCUCAGUAAGAAAUCCACCCACUUUCUGAUUGUGCCGUCUGAAAACUUCGAGAGCGAGAAGGUGAAGCUCGAUCUCUCCCAAUGUGGUCCUGAUACUCAACAGACGCUGAAUGCACGAAGAUGGAGAAUUCCGAUCAUGCCCUUGAGCCAACUGGAGGGAAUGGUCUAUCCACGGCCAACUGCUAGCGACAUUCCUCACGUUCUAAAUUCACACUUGAGCUCUGAGAAAGAUGCUCACGGCACUGAGCGGAAGCGCAUCAGUGAGGAACGUGACAGCCAUGGCACAAACCACCUUGGACCUGUGAUGGGGGCAAGGACAGACGAGCACGAGCAGAAGCUGCCGCUACAGGAGGUCCAAGGUCAUGGCGAGGAGCAAGCUACGACAAACAGCUCCAGCAGAAACACAACGGGAGGUUGCAGACAAGAUGUCUUCGAUGCCAUUGAGCAAGCGAUCCACGAAAACUGCAGAGACAACAAGCGUCGAUGCCUCCCUGCUUUCUCCGCUGCCAAUCGCUGGACGGCGAUCAGAAACAGCAAGGCGGCGAUGCGGGAAGUCGCUACAGGUGCUUGGGAUGCCUUGUCGAUUGCCACUACUGACGAUGGGAUGGAAGGCCAAGCAUGUUCGCCUCACCCAUCGCUGAGCUCUGGAGGUCAAGCAGGUGGUGAGUACGAGAUGUCCGACACAGAAGAGAGCUGCACGGAUCUUGUCAUGUUCGAUGCUUCAGCCUCAGAGUCGAAGCAUGAAGCUCUUCUUCGCAAGAUCAAGUCUAAGCUUCCACAGUGA